UCUCUCUCUACUGCCACCUCUAUUUUCUCCUCUUCAUUCCUUUCCCCCUAUUAUUCCUUCUCCUUAUUCCCCAUGAUUCCGGCCGCAUUCUUACACUCUUCCUGAACUCUCCGGUCUUUGGGAUUUGGUACACCGCUUCCGGUUCGCAUACUCUCUACCUCACCCUUCUCGGCCCCUUCCAUGUCUAGCGCGAGAAGACGGCCUUCGCUCUGGUCACACUUCUCGUUCCAGCGUAAACCCGCAAGAUCCUCGAGCAUAUCCUCGCAACUACGACCCUCCGACGACCGAUACGAGAAAUCCGGACGCCACACGGAACCCAGCCCAGCCUUUCCAGCCAUGUCGAACCGAUGGUUGAAAACCUUGUCGGUGGCUGUUAUCUUUGCCCUGGCCUUAUUCGUCCUUGCCCCCAGGGACAGGUCCAGUGCUGCCCCCGAAUAUGUAGGAGGUGAGUCGUGUGAUCUUCCACUUGAGAGAGGAUCUGUUUCGAACUGAAUUAGAUGAAUUGGGUUUUGCAGCAGACAAGACACGAAACAUCUCGAACAGCAGAGCCAUGCCUAAUACCAAGCCCACCGCGCCGGCCUCCAGCGGCCAAGGCCAAGCCGCCCUCGAUGAGGAGUCGGGGACUAGGAGCUGCACGAGGUCAAGCUCCCCGAAGAAGCCUAUUGUGCAGUAUGCUAUCAUGGUCGAUGCAGGAUCCACUGGGUCUAGAAUUCACGUCUAUCGCUUCAACAACUGUGGCGCUACUCCUGAGUUGGAGAGCGAAGAGUUCAAGAUGAUCAACCCUGGGCUUUCUUCUUACAAGGGGGAUUCUGAGGCUGCUGCCAAGAGCCUGGAUGCUUUGCUUGAGGUGGCCGUCGAUAAGGUUCCCAAUAAGUUGAAGGGAUGCACACCAAUCGCGGUGAAGGCCACCGCUGGAUUACGACUCUUGGGUGAGGAGAUGAGUCGAAAGACUUUAGAUGCGGUUAGACAGAGACUCGAGACCCGCUACCCCUUCCCCGUCGUUGCCGGUGACGGUGUGUCCAUCAUGGAAGGAAAGGAUGAAGGUUUGUUGUCAUGCCCCCGUAUUUUCCGAUCGCUAUUGACACCGCCCAGGCGUCUACGCCUGGAUCACCACCAACUAUCUGCUUGGCAAGAUUGGUAGUCCCGAGGAUACUCCCACUGCGGCGAUCUUCGAUCUGGGAGGUGGAUCAACACAAAUUGUCUUUCAGCCCACUUUCCCCUCGAGUGGUGGCGGGAUGCCUGAGCACCUUGCCCCCGGAGAUCACAAGUACGCCUUGAACUUUGGUGGGCGCAACUUCGAUCUUUAUCAACACUCUCAUCUCGGAUAUGGUCUCAUGGAGGCUCGCCGCUCCAUCCACAAAUUGCUCGCCGAGACACGAAAGAAGGAAGGUGGGGAGGAUUGGGCCAAGGCGCCAAUCGUUAACCCUUGCAUUAUUCCCGGCAUGUCUCGUGAGGUGACCGUCAAGAUGGAUGAGGAGGAUGAAGUCAAGCUUAACAUGAUUGGCCCUAGCGAGCCUUCCAUGCCUCAAUGCCGAUUCCUUGCUGAGACAAUUCUUAAGAAGGAUAAAGAGUGCAAGCUUACCCCUUGCUCAUUCAAUGGGGUUCACCAGCCUUCUCUGGCAAGAACUUUUGCAAAGGAGGAUGUCUACAUUUUCUCGUACUUCUUCGACCGUACUCGCCCCCUCGGUAUGCCGGACAGUUUUACAUUGAGGGAAAUGACUGAGACCACAGCCAAGGUCUGCGGUGGUAAGGAUUCAUGGGAUGUUUUCCAAUCCAUCGAUGGUGCCAUGCCCGAGCUGUUGGACCGGCCAGAAUACUGCUUGGAUCUAAACUUCAUGCUUGCACUGCUUCACACUGGUUAUGAGAUGCCUCUCGAUAGAGAAGUCAAGAUUGCAAAGAAGAUUAAGGGCAAUGAGCUUGGUUGGUGCUUGGGUGCUAGUCUUCCGCUUCUUGAUCAAGGUGAAGGCGGUUGGCAGUGCAGAGUCAAGGAGACGUCAUAAAGCGAAAGAAAACGAGGUUUAGAGUUUUAUUUCCACUUGUAAUCUGCGCGAAUGUUUUUUCUUUUCUUUUUUCUUUUUUACCUUUUGCUUACCCUGUCAUCAUACUUCAUAAUUCCCCCCUUUUCCUUUUUUUUUUUUUUCUUUUUCGAUAAAUAGUCUGGUAAUUUUAUCUGUUUUGAUACGGAGGCAUAUGGUCUAAGAGUUUGCUGGACUGGUGUGACAGUGCAUCAAAAAGGAGAUGUUUAAUUACCGAGCUAUCAUGGCUAGCUCGAUUUACGACGAUGGAGGACUCCCUGUAGGAAUUUAGAAGAAUCUGGAGUUUGGACCAAAAAUCCGGAUAGCAGACUGUUCCCGUGGGGAAAAUGGGUUUCUAGACUGCUAGAUUAUGAUCAUUGCAGUAAAAUGGGACCACACAUGUGAUGCUGGAUGGUUGUCAUUGCAACCGGGAAGCAAUCUCUUGUAGGAUUGUGACCCCAUUUUGUGUAUUGCC